GUAUAUAAGACCCCUGGGGUCCGAUGCAUACAUGUCAGUCACAUCGGCUUGGCGUAGGCUUCUCUUCUUGACCAACAACAACCCCAAAAACUUGAGAGAUGGCACCCAAGAAAGCCAAGAGGAGGCAGCAGCAGGGUGAGGGUGGUUCCUCCAACGUGUUCUCCAUGUUUGAGCAGAGCCAGAUCCAGGAGUACAAGGAGGCUUUCACAAUCAUUGACCAGAACAGAGAUGGCAUCAUCAGCAAGGAUGACCUCAGGGAUGUGCUGGCCACCAUGGGCCAACUGAAUGUGAAGAAUGAGGAGCUGGAGGCCAUGGUGAAGGAGGCCAGCGGCCCCAUUAACUUCACCGUCUUCCUGACCAUGUUCGGCGAGAAGCUGAAGGGUGCUGACCCCGAGGAGCGUUAUGCGCUUAGUUUUGCUGGGAUGAUCUUAAAUCUAGAUGGACCAUCUGAGAUUCAUUUUUCUCCAUUUUCCCUCUCCAGCCUUGAGGAGCUCCUGACCACCCAGUGCGACAGGUUCACCGCUGAGGAGAUGACCAACCUGUGGGCUGCUUUCCCCCCUGAUGUGGCUGGCAACGUGGACUACAAGAACAUCUGCUACGUCAUCACACACGGAGAGGAAAAGGAGGAGUAAAAUCCACCUCUCUCAAUAUCUACCUCCGUUCAAACCUGUGCUUGACCCACCAUCUACUCACUCCCCUCCUCUCCGACGACGUGGCUUCCUUGCACGCUUACGUGCCCCCGCGGCCCACUCUUUCCACUUGCCAGCUCACUACGAAAAGACUUGUGUCCUUUAUCGAGAUACUCAGUGAGAGGACUGAAGGCUGUAGGGGUUGUUUGUGUGUGAGUACCAACAGGGGGACAUGGGAUUAUUUUCAAUAAAAAAUAAUCUUGUGGCACUGAAACACUCUCUCCAUCUCUGUCCCUGCCUCUUGUUCCUGCUUCUUUUCCCCCCAUCGUUCAUUCUGUCCUGUGUUGAGGCCAGCAGUGCAUGCAUCUGAAAGCUACAUGCAGUGUGUACGGUCUGUUAGUCUCAACCUUACACAGAUUGUUUCAUGGAUUUGUCUCUUUGUUUGUAAUAGAGAGGAGUGAACACUAAAAGAGUGGGAGUACUGUACUAUAAUAGUUUGCCUACCCCCCCUCUUUUUAAUCUGUCUCUCCCUCUCUUAAACACAGGUAUGAAAGGAAAAGUUGCAGUGAAAAAAAAUAGAGAAGCAUGAUUUUCUUUAAAGAAGAUAAUCUUGUAAAUAGAGAAGGAGAUGGUGAAAGAUAGUGAGCGGGAGGCAGGAAAGAAGUUAACAAAAGUAAAACGUCUUUGUUUUUUUACUCUUCUCCCUCCCUCUCACUGCUGUUUCUCUCCUGUUGUUGUGAUCGCUUCUGUAACAAAUAAAGAAGUACAAAUAAAAUCCACUAUCUUUCGUAUGA